GCCUUACCGAAUAUGGAUUAGGUCCGUGUGCAGCAACCGUUUUGCCUACAGGUCACUUUGAAAGGGAUUUGAUUGAAUUGGCGUGGUUGAUCUUGGCCUGCUAUAAUGUACAAUAUAUAUUCGUUAGAAAUUCAAUAUAAAUAAGUUUGACAUUGAAGAAAAUAUCGCUUUAUUUUGAAUGCUUUAGUAAUCUAAGUUUCUGCAACCUGUUGAGCAUCAGGUAACCUUGACUUUCCAAGGAUACAUUACAAUAAUACAUCAUGUUAGUCUGUUUGAAUCUAAUGAGCUAAUAUUAUAAGGUGAGAAAAAUGUAACUUGCGUGUGGAGUGAACCUGUGUAGCGCGCGAUAGCCUCGUGAAGCGCGAACAGCGGGAUGUAAGGAGCUCUCUAGGGUGCUGAAGUUGACAAACAGAAGGGAGCUCCUGCCUCUUCCUCACUCUAUCAUACAGACCAGAAAGAUAAUGAGGUGUUGUGUCUUCAACUGUGCAACGGUAUGACAUUUUACAUGUGUUAAAAUAUAGAGAAUACUGAAAUGGUGAGGUAAGGAUUACUGGGGGAAAAAACAGGUGUUAAAAAACUCUCUUCAGGCUUCUCAGCUUUCAAGAAGGCCAAUAAAAGCAAUGGUGUCUUUGGUUUGGUUUAUAUUGCUCUGAUGUAGGAUCACAGUUCACCAAUACGGAUACUCAAGCAGGAUAAUGCAACAUAUUCCUCUAAAUGUUGGAAGUGUGCUAUGGGAUUUAUCCAACUAUCCAUACAGCCCCACCAUCUUCAAGAGCAGACACAGCCUUACAACGCUGCCAUUCUAUAACUUUCUGCUAUGGGUCCUGCUCGGGGUUUUGACGUUUCCAUGCUGUGUCCAGUGUUUAAUCUUCAAAGUUGGGGUCCUUGGGCCCUGGAACUGCGACCCGGUCUACUCCAAGGCCCUACCUGCGGUGGCCGCUAAAUUGGCAGUGGGUAGAAUAAACGAGGAUUUCAGUUUAGAUUUGGGAAGCAAAUUGGACUUCGUGAUCCUGCAAGAAGCAUGUGAAACGUCUAAAGCGUUGACCACAUUUGUGUACUACGAGAAAAUGGUGGACGGUUUCGUCGGCCCCACGAACCCAGGAUACUGUGACGCAGCCUCACUUUUGAGCAAAAACUGGGAUAAAGCUAUCUUUUCCUGGGCUUGUAUUAACUAUGAGUUGGAUCGAAUCAAGGGUUACCCAACCUUCGCACGGACACUGCCGUCACCCACACGGGUGUUGUUCACGGUGUUGAAGCAUUUCUGUUGGGCCAACAUCGGCAUCGUGUCUUCCAAUGAGGAUAUCUGGAUGGACACCGCCGGUAAAGUGGCCAACUCCCUGCGGAGCCAGGGACUUCCCGUUGGCAUAGUAGCGUCGGUGGGAAUGAACGAGACGGAGAUGGAGAGUACAUUGAGCAGAAUCCAGGCUGCGGGGGAGAUCAAAGUGAUCAUCAUGUGCAUGCACUCUGCUCUGAUUGGUGGGGAGCAGCAGACAGCCUUCCUGCUGAAGGCCCAUGAGAUGGGUCUGACGAAGGGCCGCUACGUGUUUGUCCCCUACGACACCCUGCUCUACAGCCUGCCCUACGCCAACACAUCCUACUUCCCCCUGCAAAACAACACCAAGCUGCGGCAGGCCUACGACGCCGUGCUCACCAUCACUGUGUCCUCAGAUCUGAUGUCAUUCAACGAGGCGUUCAACAUGGCCAAGAGGUUUGAGGAACUCACCAUAUCACUGGUCCCACAGCAGGUCAACCCCCUGUUUGGAACCAUCUACAACGGUAUUUACCUCCUUGCCAAAGCCAUGCACAAUGCCAGAAGAGCUGGCAAGUGGCUCUCUGGGACCAACCUAGCUUAUUUCACCAGGAACAUGACGUUCUCUGGCUUCAACCAGAAGAUCAAGAUAGACACUGAAGGGGAGAGCCAGACUAACUAUGUCAUCUUGGACUCCGACGGAUGGGAGGGUCAGCUGUACUGCUCCUAUAUGGUGGACCUGAGCGCUGAUAUGGUCCGCUUCGCGGGGAAGUCCAUUAACUUCCCCGGGGGUUCCCCUCCUCCCUCAGACUCCAGCUGUUGGUUUGAACCAAACACAAUCUGCACUGGAGGUGUGGAGAUAACCUUCGUCAUAGUGGUGGUUGUGAUCAUCUUCGUUCUGAUCGUGGGAGGACUUGGUCUAAGUCUGUUUGUAAGGAGGAGAAUCCAGCAGAUCCAGUUGGUGAAGGGUCCCAAUCGGAUCCUACUGACUCUAGAGGACCUCACAUUCAUCAACCCUCAGCUUAGCAAGAGAAAAAUCACUAUAGAGGACCUGGGUGACUCUAAAAGUGCGAUAGACAGCAACAGUAUGCAUUCAGGAGACCCACACCACUCUGUGGACAGCAUCACAACAGCAACACAUGAGACCACAAAUGUAGCUGUCUAUGAGGGUGACUGGGUGUGGCUGAAAAAGUUUGAAGAAGGCCAUUUCAAGGAAGUCAAGCAGAGCACGACCAAGAUCUUUACAAAGAUGAAGGAUCUGCGAAAUGAGAACAUCAAUCCGUUCCUGGGGUUCUUCACAGACUGUGACAUGUUUGCUGUGGUGACGGAGCAUUGUUCCCGUGGCAGCCUGCAGGACCUCCUGAGGAACGACGACGUGAAGCUGGACUGGAUGUUCAAGUCUUCUCUGUUGCUGGAUCUAAUCAAGGGUAUGAAGUAUCUGCACCAUCGAGAGUUCCCUCACGGCCGGCUGAAGUCACGGAACUGUGUGGUGGACGGUCGCUUUGUCCUCAAGAUCACAGACUAUGGCUUUAACGAGCUGCUGGAAUCCCAGAAAUCCCCCCAAAAUGUAGUUCCACCUGAAGAUCAGUUUUGGACAGCUCCAGAGUUCCUCCGAGACGCGGAGAACUCUCGGAAGGGCACCUAUAAAGGAGAUGUGUAUAGUUUUGCCAUUAUACUCCAAGAGGUGGUUGUCCGAGGACUUCCGUAUUGCAUGCUGGGUCUGACUCCUGCGGAGAUCAUCCGUAAGGUGAAGAAGCCUCCUCCCAUGUGCAGGCCUACGGUGGCCCCAGAUCAGGCUCCCCUGGAGUGUAUUCAGCUGAUGAAACAGUGCUGGAGUGAACAGCCUGACCGGAGACCAGCCUUCGAUGAGAUCUUUGACCGGUUCAAGCUGAUCAACAAGGGCAAGAAGACCAACAUAAUUGACUCCAUGUUGCGGAUGCUGGAGCAGUACUCGUCUAACCUGGAAGACCUGAUCAGAGAGAGGACAGAGGAGCUGGAAGUGGAGAAACAGAGGACAGAGAAACUGCUCUCUGAGAUGCUACCUCCUUCUGUGGCAGAGGCUCUGAAGACGGGUGCGACGGUGGAGCCAGAGUACUUUGACCAGGUUACCAUCUACUUCAGUGACAUAGUAGGCUUCACCACCAUCUCUUCCCUCAGUGAUCCCAUCGAGGUGGUGGACCUGCUCAAUGACCUGUACACGCUGUUCGACGCUGUGCUCAGCAACCACGACGUAUACAAGGUGGAGACCAUUGGUGAUGCCUACAUGGUGGCAUCAGGUCUACCCAAGAGAAAUGGCAACAAACACGCUGCGGAAAUAGCCAACAUGUCCCUGAACAUCCUGAGCUCUGUGGGCACCUUCCAGAUGCGCCACAUGCCCGGCAUUCCCGUCAGGAUACGAAUAGGGAUACACUCAGGGUCAUGUGUUGCUGGGGUGGUGGGUCUGACCAUGCCUCGGUACUGCCUUUUCGGAGACACAGUCAACACCGCCUCGCGUAUGGAAUCCACUGGGCUGCCUUAUAGAAUUCAUGUAAACAUGAGCACUGUGAAGAUCCUGCGCUCCCUCAACGAGGGCUACAAGAUAGACAUCAGGGGCAUGACAGAGCUGAAGGGUAAAGGCAUUGAAGAGACUUACUGGCUGGUUGGGAAAGAAAACUUCACAAAGCCUUUACCGAAGCCUCCAGAGAUUAAACCAGGGGACAACUGGCAAGAGAUGGUGACAGAUGAGAUCAAGACGAUAUUUCGCAAGGCCAACCGGGAGGUGGACAAGCCUAAAAUCUGAGCAGAUGAGACAGAGAUAGAGAGACAAAAAUGGGGAGAGGAGGCGGUCACAGCCGAAGAGAGAGAGAGGAAGAAUAAAGGAUGAAGGACUGGUGGACAGAGGGCAUGGACCGGCCUACUCACUGCGGCUUACGUGGUCUCCUUUAAUAGGAUUUGCCUGGCUGCUGUCUGUGUAAUCUGCUUGUGGCCAGCACAGCUGAAAGGGAGAACACUAAUGAAAUGAAGGUUGUUGAAUUACUGUCCUGCGACAGGGAUAGUGCAUGUCUUCUUAAUGAACUAUGCACUUAUUUCUCUGGACUCCCAUUGGCCACUAAGUGGCUUUGUGUCAGUGGAGUAUUUUUGUCUAGAUGGGAUACAGUUUAUGUCAAAACUAACUUAUCGUAGCGGGUUAGGACAAUUUACGCAGCAAGUUAGGAGAAUGAAUGUAGUAACUUAUGAGAAUUAAGUUUAAUUAAGGUUAGGAAAAGGGUUAGGUGUAAAGUUAGCUAAUAUGCAAAACAUUUCAACUUUUGACAUCAGUUUGACAGAAACUGUAACCCAUCUGGACAUGGCCAAGUGGAGUUGAAGUCCCAGACCUCAACAGAAUGAUCUACUGUAUCUCUCCACUCCCAUACUGUACUGUAGCUUUUAAUCACAUGCAUAAUGGAAAUUAUUUUCUAUUUUUGUUAUUGUUUCAUCACUCUUCUCAACAUUUUGAAAGGAGCACUUAUCUCUAACUGAAGAGAUAGUUAGUUAUGGGAAAAUAUUCAAAUUUUAAUUCCAUUUUUAAGUUAUGGCCAAAAACCUUUGUAAGAAUGUAAGGUUAGCAUUCCAAAGUUGUGAGAGGAAAUAUACUCUACCGUUCUAAAGUUUGGGGUCACUUCGAAAUGUCUUUGUUUUUGAAAGAAAAUCCAAUUUAUUGUCCAUUAAAAUAAUAUCAAAUUGAUCAGAAAUACAGUGUAGACAUUGUUAAUGUUGUAAAUUACUAUUUUAGCUGGAAACAACAGAUUUUUUAUAGAAUAUCUACAUAGGCGUACAGAGGCCCAUUAUCAGCAACCAUCACUCCUGUGUUCCAAUGGCACGUUGUGUUAGCUAAUCCAAGUUUAUCCUUUUAAAAGGCUAAUUGAUCACUUGAAAUUUUUUAUUUUAGCACAGCUGAAAACUGUUGUGAUGUUUAAAGAAGCAAUAAAACUGGCCUUCUUUAGACUAGUUGAGUAUCUGGAGCAUCAGCAUUUGUGGGUUCGAUUACAGGCUUAAAAUGGCCAGAAAAAAAUACCUUUCUUCUGAGACUCGUCAGUCUAUUCUUAUUCUGAGAAAUGAAGGCUAUUCCAUGUGAGAAAUUGGCAAGAAACGAAACACCAGUCUCAACGUCAACAGUGAAGAGGUGGUGCUGGCCUUCUAGCCAUAUCUCAGACUGGCCAAUAAAAAUAAAAUAUUAUGAUGGGCAAAAUAACGCAGACACUGGACAGAGGAAAUCUGCCUAGAAGGCCAGCAUCCCCCAGUCGCCUCUUCACUGUUGAUGUUGAGACUGGUGUUUUGCGGGUUCUAUUUAAUGAAGCGUACAAAAAAAUUUGCUUUUGUUUCACAAUCAAGGAUAUUUCUAAGUGACAACAAAACUUUUGAACAGUAGUGUAUAUAAUGUAUUGUCAGUAGAUUGGCAUAUAGAUAAAUAAUUCCCUAUAUUAAUAAUGUGUUUGUUUGUAUGAGAAAAAAAGAGUGUUAUUUGGGGACAAUGAUACAAUGCAAAAAAUAAGGACAGACACAUAUAUUCCAUUUUUAAUUUGAACUGUGGAUUUCUGUGUUACAUUGACCUCUAGAAAUUCAAAAAAAUGUAUAUGAAUGCUGUAUCCGCUUGUUAUAGAUCGUCUAUGUAAUAUUUCUGGAAAGAAGUCUUGCCAUUUCUAAGCAGGGCAUUUGGAGCCACGGAGUAUAGUGAUUCUCAAUAGACAAGACAAGUAAAAAUGGUCAUGUCCAAUGUUGAUGACUUCAUUGACAAGUGUACUCUUUUGUUUGGUUGAAGGUAUGACUUGUAUGAAUGACAAUGAAUGAGCGUCCAUUACAAGCACUAUGAGCGCAUACUUUAGGGUUACCUAUGCAGUGAAAAACAUGAAUAGAUCAUUACCAAAUAACAUGAGCAAUGAUAUAUGCAGAUGGUUGUUUGAUGAUAUACAGUAUAUUGGUAAGCUUUUAGUGUCUUAUGUAUAUUAAUUCAUCUAUUUAAUAGACUAAGAGAACAAUUAAUUAAAAUAAUGUACAGUAUGCAACAUAUAUUUUUAAGAUGCACAGUGUUGAAAAAUGUAAUCUGUUACUGAUUACAGUUACAUAAAAAAAUUAAGUAAUCAGUAAUGUAAUCCGUAAUCAGAAACAUAAAGAUGCAUUCAUUAUAUGUUAUUUGUCUUGGAUAUUUAUGAGACACAAAGACUCAUGUAAAUAUAUAUUUAAUUAAAUAAAUCACUGUGGUUUUAUUUAUAUGUAUGCAUAUGACACUGGGUUACAAUAAUUUAUUUGGCUCUUCUAGACAGAAAGGGAAAGUAUUAUCCACGUGGUUGCUCUAUUCGCCAGCAGAUGGCGGUGAGAUCACAUCUCUUGAUCUUUCUGUCCUCCAUCAUCUUUGUCCAUUACUCUCUAAAUUGUUUGUUCAUGGGAACGUGAUGAUGAAAGACUACUUUGUUUUUAACACCCCAUAUUCUACAAAAUGUCUGUUUUUCAGAAUUAUUUAGGAUGGUUGAUGAACAGUUUCUGAAUCAGUUUUGUGUCUAAGGUCUCAAUUGACAAUAGAGAUGUGUCAUAAGUUUUACUUCCUUGUUGAGUAGAUCUUCUCCCUGUUUCACCAUGCUAACCCUGCACUACAACCUCACCCAGCUAGGUUGAUUAGCUUCUUAAUGGGGAUUUCCUAUCUUAAGAUCUCUAUAUUAAGCUCCGGCAGUACAAACUAAUGUGUUAAAUAGUUAAGGCCUGUAAGGUUUGGGAAUCCUUUGGAAUUGUGUGGCUUUUGCAGGUUUAAAACUUGGCCUAUGUAAGGUCCCCCACAAAAGAUUCUCCACAUUCCAUUCUGGAGACAGAGGAAUGUUCGCCCUCAGGCCGACUGGAACGAUUGUUAUCAUUUUCCUCACUGAACACAGACAGUUAGAUACACAAUUGCAUACUCACUGCACAAUUUAGUUCAUUUCAGAGGCUUAAAUCCUGAUUAUGGCCCCUUAUGUUGAAUCUAAUAUUUUCUUAAUCAUGAUGUAUCAGUAUGCUUAGACGAAACUGACCAGAGUCUUACACUUGAAUGUUAAUCACACACACCAAGUUCAUUUUGUGUUUAUUUUUAUUGAAAAAUAGUCCAAAAAAAAGGACACAAUGUUGAAUUAUGGAUAUCAUUCCAAGGUUUUGUGGUAAAUGCCUACAACAUAAAGUCACAGUUUGAUUGGCAAAUGGCAUAGAUGAUUCAAUUAAAACAAAGAGUACAGAGGCACAGUUCCAGUGCA